AUGGCAGCUACAACAUUUGUGCUCUUGGAGCCGGAGGAGCUCUUUUAUCGCGACGUGAAACUGUCGCAGCUUUCUGUGAAGCCUGGCAGCAAUGAACGCUACACAGUCCUGCCGACCUUCCUACGGCUAAGAGGUGGGGAGACGGCGUCAAUUGAAGUUAGGCUAAAGGUAUUACGCUUCGCACAGCGCCAGAAAGCUGUGGAGCAAGGGCAGAGGGACGUCUUCCAUAUUAAGGGGUCUCACUUCGACCAGAAGUUCUAUGCAACAUUUUGGUUGUUGCCUGAAGCGGAUCAGGGCCCCCGGGUAAAGCCUGGACCGUCUACCGCCAUCCAUAACGUUCAGGUGCACAGCCGCCUGCUGGAGGCAGGGGCAAGUCCCGAUAGGACGGAAGGCGUGCACCAGUCAGACAGUAAAUCUACCAAGCCAUACCAGCUUUCUAUGUACGAUGACUCGAGCAACGCGCUAAUGCUUGAGCAGCAAUUUGGGCCGCAGCUCAAGCAGGAGGACAGGCUUGGGCUUUCAGAGCUGCCCUCUGAAGUGGACCACCAAUUCCUCGAGGCGGCCCAGGCACAGCUAAAGCUGAACACAACAGCUCCUUCAGACUAUCAUGCCGCCAUUGGAGCUGAGGAUGCGAGCAAGCUGAUCCAGGAGCGUGAUUCGCUGCUGGCGCGCUUAGCUAAUGCAGAAGCAGAGCUGGCGACCAGCCGGGAAGAGGCUGUGGCGCUCCGCCGGCUGCAGCUCGAGCUGCAGUCCCGACAACCAGACGUAACACGAGCGGUUGACGCAGCCGUUAUGCGUGAACAGGCUCUGCAGGAGGAACGAAACCGUAAGGCAUUGGAGCUGCUCAUGAGCAAGGAUGUGCAGAUCAAGGAGCUGGAGGAGCAGAUCGAUCAGCUACAGCAAGAGAAUGGGGACCUUUGCUCGCAAGUGGCAGAGCUGCAGGAGCGCCUCAGCGUGGCUGACUCAAAGGUCUUGAACUUGGUGCAGCAGAAAGAAGCCCUUGUGGAGACGGCCCAGCGUGAGAGGCAGCGAGCCGAUAGCAUCAUCGCGGAUCUUGAAUCUCGCCUGGCGGCAGGCCAAUUUCUCAACGCUGAGGUAGCGGCAGCGCAGGAACGCGCCGUGGCGGCGGUGGCACGUGUAGCGGAGGCGGAGCGCCGGCUGGCAGAUGCAGAGCAACGUGCUUCGGAGGCCGAAGCCCGCGCAGACAAGGCUGAGGCCUUUCAAAGGAUGCAGCGCCGUGAGGAGCACGUGGGCAUGGGCUUUACCGGGCCGGAGGAGCUCCGGUCUGCGAGCGCCCUGCUGCAGCAGCGUGCCGAGAUGAUGCACCGACAAGCUGACGAGCAUCACCAACAGGUGGCUGCACUGGAAACGAAAACUUCGGACCUGAUGAUGGAGCUUUCAAAAGUGCAAACAUCUGCUGCAGCGACAAGCGCAGCCGGGGUCGAGACCCAGGGCAUGGGCGGCUCAGAGCGCGCAUGGGAGCAGAUUGAGCUGGGUCGCCUGCGCACGCUGGUUUCGGAGCGCGACAUGGAGGUGGCAGAGUUGACAUCGCAGGUUGAGGUCCUUAGGGAGGCUGUCAUUGAGACUUUGAGGAAGCAGCUGGCCAGGAAUGAAGUUGCGAGGCGCGCUGCAGAAGAGCGGCUUGCAUUGAUGGAGGUGCGCGCGGCGGUGGCACAAACGACUGCCGGCAAGGCCGGCGAGCAGGAGCUGGAGGCCGCGCAACGCAGCAUGGUGGGAUCCGCAUUGGAACAGCAGCGCCUACAGCAGGAGCUUGCAAGCGCGCGCGCCGCAGCUGCCAGGCUGAACAGCCGGAUCAGCGACCUGGUACAGGCAGAGCAGAUCGCACGUGCGGAGGUGGAUGCUGCAAAGGCGAAGUUAGGGCAACUCCAGGAGCUACACACAUCCGAGAUUGGGGCUCUCCAGGAGCGCCUCCACCGCCUUGCUUCCCACCUGGCUGCAACACAGCCCGAGCAUCAGCACGUCGCUGCCAGCUCCGGUGCUGUCCUCAGCCGCGAGCGAGAGCUAGAAAAGGCGGUAGAAACAGCGGAAACGGCGGUGGCUGUAAUGCAGGACCGUCUCUUAGCAGCACUGAAGGCAGCUGCGGACGCGGCCGAGGAGGCUUCACGUGUGCGGCGGGAGUCGGAAUGGGAACGUGAACGGCUCGAAGCUGAGCUGCGGACAGCCCGCGAGGAGGGCGCUCUGCGGAUCCGAAACUUGGAGGAGGCCGUCUCACGGCUCAGUGCCCGCGGCGGCGACGCAACGCAAGCUAUGGCGCGGUCGCUUGCAGACGCGGACGCGGCGGCUCGGCGGGAGUCACGCUUGCGCUCGGAACUGGGGCUAGUGCAGCAGGCCGCCCAACGGGCCAAUGCCCAGGCGGCCGAGCUCAGGCUGCAGCUCCGGGACUGCGAAGAGGCUCUGCGGGAGGCGCGCGUCUACGGUGGGAUGCUGGCGGGGAUUGGCGCAACAGAAACGACGCAAACCGGUGCAACGGGUGGACGCGGCGCGAGCGCCGGGGGCGCCAUUAACGGCGGGUUCAGCCUAGACCAAGAAGUGGAGGCGCGGCUUGAGCAACAGGCUAUUGAGCUGGCCCGCCGGCAGCAGGUCAUCGCAAGGCUCGUGGACGUAGCCGAGCGGGCUCAAGCAGAGGCAGCGGAUUUACAAACGGAGGUCAACGCGCUGAAGCAGGCGAUGCCUGACCCCAAGCAGCACCUUCAUGUACAGUACGCGGAAGUGCAGCGUCGGCUGGGUGCCACGGAAGCCGAGCUUCGUGCUUGCAGGCAGGUUGUGUGGCAGUGCCAAAGCCCAUGGCAGCAGCUGGCAGAGAAAACUAGGGAGGUUGACGCCGCUUGUGAGCGCCUGGCGGCGUGCGAAAGGGACAUCGGGGCCAAGGAGGAGGCGGCCACUCGCAAGGCAGUUGAGGUCCGCGGUGCCAUGAGCAAGGAGGUGGCGAUCCUAAGCCGUCGUGCUGCGGAGGCUCAAAGGGCGGCGGACGAAGCCGAGUCGAGGGCACGGGAGCUAGAUACGCAACUGAGCAACCUGCGAGCGGAACUCGCUGAAGCUCGGUCGGAGCUCGAUGCCCAGGCGACGGAGGUACGUCAAGUGCGGCUUAAGGCCCGCGAGGAGAAGCGGGCAUCUGAGGAUGGCGCGCGGCAGGCAAGAAGGGCUGCGGAACUUGCAAAGCAGGAGGCGCAGGAAAGGCGCUCGCAGCUAACCGUCAUGAUGGAAACAAUAGAGGUGCUGCAGGCUGGCAACCCUGGCGAGCGGGAGCAACGCGUCGUGUCAUUGACGGCACAGCUCUCAGCACUGAUCAGCCAAGAAAGCCUCGCGGAGCAGCGGGCGCAAGGGCUGUUGGCGGAUGUCGAGGCCAGCUGCUCCCGCGCGGAGCAGCUGCAGCUGGAGGUUUCGGAGCUGAGCCAGCAGAUGGCCCGAUUGGAGCAGCAGCUGGCGACGACGGCGUCGAACCGCAUGAUGAUUGAGCAGGAACUGGCAGCUGUCCGAUCUGACCUUCGGAGCAGAGACGCGGCUGCAUUGCGGACAGCACGGGAGCUGGACGACAAGGAGCAGCGCGUGACUUUCCUGGAGGGCGAGGUGGAGGCCUUGCGCAAGGCCCUCAACGACAGCCAGUCACGACACGCAGACCAACUGGCAAGGGAGCGGGAGGAAUCGGCGGCUGCCACGAGGCAGGCUCGGGCUGAGAGCAGCGCGGCUGCGGCGACGAGCGCACAGGCGGCUCGUCUUGAGCGGUUCCAGGCCUCUAUAGAUGAGCUGGUUGCAUUUGUCGAAUCGCGGAGCCAACAUCAGCAGCAGCAGCCCGCCGUCGCAGCCAAUGCUGCAGCUGCGGGCGGCACGGAAGACGUCGCUUCAGCAAGUGCGGCGCCCUCGGAGCUGCCGAACUGUACUGGCAGCUGGGUCAUCAGCGCAAUGCAGCGUUUAAAGGCGCUUGCGCUGGAAUCGGAACGGGAGUUCCUGGCUGCCUCCACUGAUGCACGGCUGUACCGCACGGAGAGCCGUUGGGCGUGGUCCCGGGUGCACAGGCUACAGUGGACCCUGGAGCAGCGGACGGGCGAGUGGCAGGUCGCACAGGCACGGGUACAGCAGCUGGAGCGUGCCAUGUCCCGCCGCAGCGAGGAGGCCGCAGUGCACGCUCUAGAGCAAGUUGCCUUGCAAGACAAACAGUUGUCGGCACUGGACGAACGUCUGCAGGCGACCACGGCUAAGCUGGUUGUGGCGACGUCGCAGGCUGCCGGCGCGGAGGCUGCCUUGGUCGCUGCCCGUGCUGCAGCCGCUGCACUGCAACGCCAGGUGUCGAUGGCGGCUUCGGAGCGUAAGGAGCUGCUCGCCCGCCUUGCAGCAGCGGGAAUGGAAGCUGCUGGCUCGACGGAGGCGGUUAAUCUUGGUGCCGAGGCGGCGCUAGCGCAGCGCGACCUGUCCAUCCGACAAUACUUCGACGCGCAAGUGGCCAGCCUGGUCCUUAAGCCAGACGUCCGUGACAAGGUCAUGGCUCUGGCACGUGAGGUGUGUGCACUGAAGCUGUCGGAGUCGCAGCUGAUGGCAUCCCUAGCGGCGGCCAAGCACCGUGCUGACGCGUCUGCGCAGCUGGCCGCCAGCUUCCAGGCUGCUCUGCGCGCCGCGGACAACAUGACAGAGCAGCUGCUUAGUCAAAAGCAGAGCAGCGGUGGUGCGGCUGCGGGAGCUCUUGGCGGAGGGGGUAUGGAAUUGGGCAGCGCGGGCGCCGCUGCGGCGGCGGCAGCGGCAGCGGCAGCCGCCACUCCUUCCGUUGUGGGCGGCCUGGGCAUGGAGGUGGCCCGCCUGUCGGCCCAGCUUGUGGCCCAGUCACAUGAGGUGUUUCGCCUACAGGAAGCGGCACUGCGAUCCAAGCAGGCAUACGAACGGCGUGAGUCUGACAUCGAGGAGCUCCAGGCUCAAUUGGCGGCGGCGGAGCUGCUGCUGACGCAGGCUCGGGCGGAGGGCUCCUCGGCGCUGUUUGCGCUGCGGGAGCAGCUAACCGAGGUGCAUGACCAGGACCGGCAACUGCUUAUCCGGGAGAUCCGAGAACUCCAGGAGCGUCUGACGGCGACAAGGGAUCUCGCCUCUAAAGAUGUGGAGCUUGCAGAGCAGCGCAUCGCCGAAAUUACGAUGGCUAAAGAUGCUGAGAUUGAGAAGCGGGUUGCAUCAGCCUUGGACGGGCAGGUGGAUGCUUCCCAGCUUCAUGAGAUGCAGGCCCGAGCUACAUGUGCCGAGAGUAAAGUGGCACACCUCGAAGCCCAGGUCGAAACCCUGCAGGAAGCACUGACAGCAUCGCAGGCGCAGGUGAAGGAGCUGGAAGACUUGCGGGACGUGACAGGUGCGGCAGUGGCCUCCCUAGAGGCAACCUUGGCGCGUAUCGAGAAGCAGGCGACAUCCUCCACCGCCGGAAGCACUACGGGACCAUCCAAUGCUGCGACCGGUCGCGGUGGAAGCAGCGGUUUGUCAGGCAGCUCUCGUCGCGUGCCGGCGUCGGGAAGCUCAGGGGUUCCGUCGGCUGCAAGCACGCUCCCCUCGCAACCAAGCUUGUCGUCAGCGGCGGCUUGCGAGCAGCCACCCCAAGGACUGGCGGGACUGUCCCGGGAGAUCAUGCGCGCCAAGAUGGCCGAGGCCGAGGCCGUACGGAAGAUGCGCAUAGCUGCAAGGAGUGAGGUAGACUUGCGGCAGAAGCUGCUGCAGCGUGACGAGCGCAUCUCUGAGCUGAAAGAGCAGCUGGCGGCCAAGACACGGUCGCUGGAGGAGCUGCGGCGUAGGACAUAUCCCGGGGAUAUAGUACCUUACAGCAAGGCUGCGCCUGGGGGCUCUGUCUCCGCAGGGGGGACUAAGGCCGCGUUCCGGAGCCGCUCACCUUCACCCAGCAGGGCCGCUGCCCGUCCCGGUGUCGCUGUGCCACGCCGAUCAGACGUCAUUGACUCGGAGUACCUGACAGAGCAAGUGGCGCAGCUGCGAGUGGAUGUGGCGAAGCGCCAGGCGGAAAUCGAGCGGCUGCAAGGCGCCUUGGCGGAGGCUAAUGCUGCAGCUGUGGUGCGCAUUGAGGUCCCCAGGCCGCCCGCGGCGCCUCCCAAGCCGGGUAUACAAGCUAACAGCAACCUAUCCGUUGAUAGACUCAAGGAUCAGCUGGCUACAGCAAACGCGGAGAUCGCAUCCGCACUUAGCACUGCAAACAGCCUGUUGGUGCGCCUGCAGCACCAGGGCCCGGCCCUUGGCGGUCCAGUGGCUGGGCCGCUCAACGGCACCAGGCGGGUGGCCAGCCCGGCGCGGCGUACAACAUCAGCUCCAAGUUCCCUGCAGCCGUCGGAGGCGUCCCUGGCCCCGGGGGUGCUGUCCGGCGUCAUGCAACAACUAGCAGCUGCGCUGCGGGCAAUCAAGGUGGACAGGGCCAUACUCGCCUUGCCAGCACCAGGUCUAGCCAGGGCAGGAGGCAGCCCCAUCAAAGACGGCUUGAGCGGCGAGCUUUCGCCCGCAAGGUCGGCAGCAACACGAACAGCAGCGGCUACACAGACCAUCAGUGGGCCGGACAGCGCACUGACACAGGGGUCGAGCCUGGGUGUUUUCGACGAGCUUGUCAGGCUUAAGGAAGAUUAUCGGGCCAUGGUGCAGCAACGGGAGGAUGUGAGCUUCCAAUGCAGCCUCUUAGAGGGCGAAGUGCAGCGGUGCAGAGAGCUGAUGAGGAAGCUCCAGGCGUCGGCUGGCAAAGACGACGUCGGUCAGGACGCGGACCAGCCGUCCAGGAUUGUCGGUGCAUCACAGCUGUCCAGCAUCCUGGAAAGAAGCAUCGGAGCUCUUCAUUCGCUGUGCAACCGGAUGCAAGUCGCCGCUCCAACGCAAGCCGUUCAGGCGGAUGUCCGUCAGACCCCGGGCACCUGGCUCAGCUGGGAGUCCUCGUGCUCAGCCCACGCUGCAGGUGACAUGCAGCAAGCCGGUAAGCCCGCUGUGGAGACCUCGGAAACGGGCCUGGCGGCAUGCACAGAUGCAGGUUACGACCGCGGGGCACUGGACCAGAAUUCGUCCGGAAGCAGCGUUGGCAGCCGACCGGGGGCCCCGCAUGGGCUUCCACUGUCUGCCAGCGUGAGCGGCAACAUGAAGGUUGCUGCCGCUAAUAAGCCAUCAUCGCUGGCAGAGAGCGCCGCGCCUGCUGGUGUGCCUCACGCCCAGGUCGUUGCCUUCGCUACGGCAGCCGCCAAGCAUAAGGCCCGUGCCGACAAAUGGAAGCAGCGCAGCAAGGAGCUUGGAACGCAACUGUCGCUGCUUAACGCGUCAACGGCCGCACGUGAAGCAGCGGCUUCAGAGCGCCGCAUCGCGUCAGCACAUCAACUUGAAGAGGAGCUGCGCACGUGGCGUGCCGAGGCCGCCAGGCUCAGCGCGGAGCUGUCAGGCGCUGAAGCUGCGCGGAAGGAGCUUGAAGCCGCUCACCAGAUCAGCGGCAAUGAGGUUCAGGCUCUCAUGGCCCGCGCUGCUGAGGCUGCUGCGCGUGCAGCUACACUACAGCAGCAGCUUGACGCGGAGCGGGCCAAGGCGGCGAGCGAGCUGGCUUCACACCAGGAAGAAGUGGCGGUGCUCAAGGCGGCUGUCGCACAGGAGAAGGGAGAGCGGGCGCGGCUGCUGGUGUCCCUGAGAGAGAGCCACACGAACUCGCAGCAAGUCGGUGACACCGAAGCAAGGUUCCGCAACGAGUCGCUGGAGGCUCAUGCUGCUGCUGCCGCCGCCCGGGCCACUGCUGAACGAGCUGAGGAGCGCGCAGAGGAGUGGCGUGCCGAGGCGGAUUCUCUCAGGCAGCGCCUUCAGCAAACAGAGCGGAGCCGCUUGAAUCUCAUUUCCAGCCUAGAGGUCCGUCUAGCGGCGGCGGAGCGACGCGCUGCAGAAUGCGGUGUGCGUGCGGCUGCGCGUGUGGAGGAGCUGUCCGCGCAGCUUGCGGCGGCCCAGGCAGAGACCAAGGCAAUGCCCCGCCUGUUGGAAGCCAAGCUGGUCGAGAUGGAGUCGCAGCUGGCGGGCUUGGAGGCUCGUACCGGGGCCGCACGGCAGGCCACACUUAGCGACGUCCAGGUCGGCAGGUGGAAUGCGGUGACAAGGAUGUUGCGGUACAAAGCUAUAAUAAAGCAGCUUCAGGCCACCACCAGCGCGGCGGUCGGCCGUAGUGACUCCAUAGCAGCUGACCUGGCGGAAGUGCGUAAGCAGACGCAGGAGCUGCAGACCGCGGUUGACGCUAACCGGCAGCAGCUCACGGCACGCCAUGCGGCUCAACUGCAGCGCCAGAUCGAGCAGGAGCGUCGCCGCUUCGCGGAGCAAUCCAUCGCCAAGGCAGAGGCCGCAAUCGCCGCCAGUGAGCGGGCUGCUGAGGAGGCCAUGACGGUGCGCCUCGCUACGCUGGAGGGUGACUAUGCGCGCCGGCUGUCUCAGCUGGACACGGCACGCUUGGAGCUGGUGCGGGAGCUGGAGCUGGUGCAGGCGCAGUUCAGUGGAGGAUCGGGCCAGAGUGCAUCUGAGGGCGCUGCUCUCACCCGGGGCGCAGCAAUCGCGAAAGCGGCUGCCGCGGCGGCAGCGCAGCCCGUUGCGACCUUCCCCGUCAGCGUAUCUACCAGUGGAGGCGGCAUGGCGGUACCGGGCUUGGGCCAGCAAGCGGUAAUUACGCCAUCGCAGCUCAUGGCGUUGGCUCGUGCGUCGGAGGCACUUGCAGCGGCGCAGCGGGAGACGGUGUUUGAGAGGACGCUGCGUGUGCGCAUGGAGACGCAGGCAGAGCUGUUGCGCGGCGCGAUGGCGAGGCUGCGGGCCAAGCUGAAGGCGGUAUCAGAGCAGCUCGCGGACGUCCGUGCGCGGGCCAUUCCUACGGACGAACACCGGCAACUGCAGGCGGAGCUUGCAUCGUGCCGUGAGCAGCUGAAGACCGCGCGGGCGGAGAGCGCUCGGCGGCAGAAGGCGCUGCAGGCACUCCAGAGCAUAGCCAUGGUCCAGCAGGGCCCCCCAGCACAGGCCCUGGACGGCCCGGUCAGCGCCACUUCUUCCGCCGCCGCCAUUCCCCCAAGCGCCGCCGCUUUAAGGGCUCGCACCAGCUGCAGGCCCCCAAUUGGUGCUGCGACCAGCUCCAUCAGCCAGGCAUUGCGGUCUGAUUUCCUCAACGGUUCAACCGCCGGCAUGAUGGGCCCUGGGGUCCCCGGGCCUUCCCAUCCUGACCCAACAGAGGAACUGAAUAUGCGGCCGGCGGCGGGCCAGAGCAGCGCUUAUGUGGGCGACGAUGAUCCGUUGGCUGCGGCGCUGGAAGCGGCUGCCGCUAGCGCACGCGUCGCGAACGCCGCGUUGGAGUCGGAGCGGACGGCGCGGCAGGCCACGGAGGCCAAGCUGAAGGAAGCCAAGGCGACGACCGAGCGCAAAGCUGUCUUAAUCAGGGACCUGAAGCGCCGAGUGGACGAGCUGGAGUCGCAUAUCCAAAAACAGGUCACUGCCGCUAGCGAGGAGUCAAACGCCGAGUCACGUGCUCGAUCCCUGGCGGCAGCGAUGGCUCGUAAGGACGUCGUCAUCAAGGAGCUCCGGGAGCGGCUGGAAGCGGCCCAGGCAUCGCUGGCGGCCGGCAAUGCUGCGGCGGAGGCGGGUGGUGAGGAGCUGGAGGCGGCGAAACGCGCCAGCGCCCGGCUCAAGACGGACUUGGCCAAGCGGGAGGCGGCUCUGCGAAACGCGCUCUCUGACCUUGAAAAGGAACGGAGCCAGCUGGCGGGUGUCACCAAGCAACUUGACUCACUGACGCGGCGAGAGACAGCCGCGCGGGGGCAGGCGGCGGCCGUCACAAGCUGCCUGUUCCGGCGCGCAACCGAGCUCUUGGAUGCCCUACGCGGCAUGUCACGGGUGCUGCUGCAAGCCCUCGCGGCUAUGGGUGCGCGGCGGGUGGGCGAGCUCUUGUCGAUGCUGGAGGCAGCGCUGGCGGUGACGGCGACGGCAGCGGCUGCUGCUGCUGCAGAGAGGGGUGCAGCUGGGCAGGACACCUUGAAGGAUGUGGAUAAUGCCCAAGGCGAGGAUGAGCAGCUCCGAGACCAGCUCCUGGCUGCUGUAGCCACGGCUCCAGAUCCCGCAGUUGCCGCAGCGGCGGUGUUGAACAGCCGGGCGCGUGCCGGAAGAGCUAAUACUGCUGUGGUGGCAGAAGCUUCAGGAAAUCCUAAGUCUUUAGGUGGGCGUCGCGUCAACGGGACAGGACGUGCUGGAUUAGGGUCGACCGGAGGAGGUGUCGCAAAUGGAAAUAUAAUUGACCCAUGGGACAGCCGAACGUUGCAGACGCUCGUGGAGGUGGUUCAGGCAGAAGCGCAACGUGCGGAGUCGGAGUUGGCAUCAGCAUUAAAGGGUACUGGCAGUCUUUGA